AUUUAGUCCGUAUUAUUUCAUAAUACAAUAUCUAAUAUGGUGAAGGACGUGCAUGGUAGAAGAAGGUGUGAAAGAAACAACAAGAUUGAGCGUCGAGAUGAUGAGAGAGAGAAGAAACAAAGACAAGAGCAGAUAAAAGAUGAAACAGAAAGCAACCUUAUAAAUCUCCGAAGAAGUAUAUAUUUAACAAUUAUGUCCAGUGUAGAUUUUGAAGAAGCUGGCCACAAAUUGCUGAAAAUAAAAGUUGAGGCUGGGCAAGAGAUGGAGUUGAAUAUAAUGUUAUUGGAGUGCUGCAGCCAAGAGAGGACAUAUCUGAGAUAUUAUGGUCUGUUAGGCCAAAGGUUUUGUAUGGUCAACACAGUAUAUCAGAAGAAUUUUGACAAGUGCUUUGUUGAGCAGUACUCCAUGGUACAUCGACUUGAGACAAACAAGCUUCAAAAUGUUGCCAAGUUUUUUGGUCACUUGCUGGCCACUGAUGCUCUCUCUUGGCACUUGUUAGCUUACAUACGUUUGACAGAGGAGGACACGACUUCUUCAUCACGUAUAUUCAUCAAAUUCCUUUUCCAGGAAUUGUCCGAGCACCUUGGUAUUCGGUUGCUGAUUCAACGACUGAAUGAGCCCGCAAUGCAGGACUCCUUGGAUUCAAUAUUUCCCAAAGAUAAUCUUAGAAACACACGGUUUGCUAUCAAUUUCUUUACGUCCAUAGGGCUUGGAGGAAUAACUGAGAACCUCAGGGAGUACCUUAAGAACAUGCCACCAAUGAUAAUGCAACAACAGAAGCCAGAGUCAGAAGAUGAUUCAAGUUCGUCAAGCUCUGAUGAUGAUAGGCGCCGGCGCAUGAAAAGGAAGAACGAUGAUAGCAGUAGUGGUAGACAUAGGAAACGCAGGAAGGCUGAUUAGGAAACACACUGAAACCUCUUGUUCCUAGUACUGUCUUGCGUUGGAGAAUUGAAACAACUCACAAUUUUACUAGUGUAGCUCACAAUUUUAUUCAAGGUUUUGCACUUUUGUAAUUACAUGCUUCAUUUUUUCUCAUUAAGUUUUUGUCAAAUAUAUUUUCA